CGGUCGCCGUGAGGCGGGGCCGCGCGCCCGUGGCGUCAGCGAGAGGCGGGAGCGUGCUCGGGUCGCGCGGGAGGCGCUGCCGCCGUUGGGUAUGCGCUGUGUGGAAGCGGGAGCGCUUCCGAAGUCCGACUUUGCAGUGGCGGGAGGUGGCUGUCGCGGGUGGGCGCUCUCUGUGGGAGCACUGUCUCCUCCCUGUCUCUCCGGUGCCGCUGUGCCGUGCAGCCGCGGGCGCUCUGCGUGUGUUGGAAAAGUUAUUUUUAGAGAGAUCAGUGCGUACAAAUUCUUGGAAAACUUGUGUUACUGUGCAGUGUGUUCCUGCUCUUCUGUUUUACAAAGCAAAUAUCUGCAAGUCACUUUUUCUGAAGAAUGUGUUGCAUCAUUUCAUGCAGGAGCAGUAAAGAGCAGUAUGGAGAGAGAUAGAACCUUUACUGGCAUCAAAGGAAAACCUUUGUGAAAGCGUGCCCUUGAUCUGAUGGUAAUAGAGGACACCCAAUGCAGUUUUCUCCUGUGGUGCCCAGUGCCAAGCUGUUUGAGAAUCUAUCUGGAAUUCAUGAUAUUAAAGGUCCCAUGCUGUUGUAAGGCCUGUUGCUGCUUGGUAUGGAGAAGACUUCCUUCACUGAUUUGACUACUUCAAGAUUGUUUUCAUGCUCUCUCUGACAAGCUGGUGCUGAACAGCUCAGGCACAGAACUAGACAGAUCUUCAUGAAACUUUAGCUGCUGAACCUAUUCUGAAGCCAAGGGUAACCAAGCCGUACAGGGGACUUGUUGCUUCAUUAAAUGGACAUCUGCCCUCGCGGUAUGGCCCAGUUAUCCAGUAGCAAUGGAUUUAACCAGCGCUCAUCACCUUCUUUGGCAACUGCAAAGUCAAAAGACGUGGACAAAGAGGAGGCAUUGCAGAUGGAAGCUGAGGCAUUAGCUAAGAUGCAGAAAGAAAAAGGUAUAGCUGGUAAUAAAGAAACUUCUCAUUCUUUAAGCAGCACCGGGCAAAAAAUACAGACACAUAGCAAACAGGACCAUGAUCUCAUGGUGUUUCCAGAGUCUGAUGCCAAGAGAAUGGAAGAUAAACUAAGUACCAUUGACAUAGAGAAGCUUACUCAAGCUGAACUAGAGAAACUGCUGCUGGAUGACAGUUUUGAAUCUAGUAAUGUACCUGCGUUACCAGUAACUCCUAUUUUGAACCCAGCUGUGUCUUCACAAUUUUAUCUUGGGCCUACUGGUCAGAGAGGACAGUGGAUACCAGCACCUGUGACAUGCACUUUACCUCCUAUUUACCCCUCAGCUUCUUAUAUAAAACAGACUGGUGUAUUUCAGAAUGGAUUCCAUCCAAGUAUGUCCUCCUAUCACUCUAGAGAGCCUAUUUAUUUUGGUUUUCCAAGGCAGUCGCAAUACAUUUCAUAUCCACUGGCAGCUACUACACCUUUCCAUCCACAAGGAAGCCUACCUAUACAUCCUCCAGAACUUGCACCAGAACUGGCAAAAGUAUUUGACAAAAUUGCAAGCACCUCAGAAUUUCUGAGAAAUGGGAAGUCAAGCACAGACUUAGAGAUGACUGCUAUAAAGUCUGCAGUUUCCGGCCUACCAGCCUCAGAAAACAGCAGAGACAUUAGUAAAUUUGACUGGUUAGAUUUGGAUCCCCUCAGUAAACCAAAAGUGGAUAGUGUGGAGACUUUAUAUAAAGCAGAGGAUCAUGGGGAGAUGGCAUCAGGUAUGAUGGCUGAAGAUCCAUGGGAUGCUGUGCUGUUAAAAGAGAAGCUGUUAGUAACUUGUCAUCCGGAAAGAAAAAUAAAUGGGAAAUCUUCUGGAGCAACCGUUACAAGGAGCCAGUCCUUAAACAUGCGAACAACUCAGCUUGGGAAGUUACAAGGCCAAACAUCACAGAAAGACAAUGGGACCACUGGCACACUGACAGAAAAUGUGCUUCUCCAAGAAAUUGAAGGGCAGAAUCAAGAACUGUCAGCUUUUUCUCAAGCAGUUACAAAAUUGAGGACCAAGUUUCCUUACACUAAUCAGCAAUCAAAUCCAGGCUUUGUGCUGAGUCCAAUCAUGCUGCAAAGAAAUAUAAGUGGGGAGAGUGCCAGUAUCAAGGUUUCUAUAGAAAUCAAAGGAUUCCAGCAGCCAGUAACUUUUACAUGUGAUGUGAGCUCCCCUGUUGAGCUUAUAAUAAUGCAGGCACUUUGCUGGGUGCAUGAUGACUUGAAUGAAGUGGACAUUGGCAGCUAUUUCCUGAAAGUCUGUGGCCAAGAAGAAGUUUUACAGAAUAAGCACUGCGUAGGAAGCCAUGAAUAUAUUCAGAACUGUCGGAAAUGGGAUACAGAAAUUAAACUGCAGCUUGUGACCCAUAGUGAAAUUUGCAGAGGUCUGGCACGAACAGAAGAAGAUGACAGAACACCCGUACACCUAACCAAACACCUCUACAAAGUAGAAAAGCCUUUCAGAGAACCUAAUAUAAGAUCCUCUAUUGAAGAGCUUCUUGAUAUCUAUCAUAAGCAAAUUGAAAUAGCUCUGAAAAAUGAGAACCAGCAUAAAGCGGUGGAUCACUUGAUUAAGACUGUCAGAAAAAUCUGUUCAACGCUGGAUAGUGUAGAAACUCCAGCAAUAACAGAAUCCGUAAAGAAGCUGCGGAGGGCUGUUAAUCUUCCAAGGAUUAAAGACACAGAGGUAUCCUUGAAAUGUGGCGAUGAUGCUAGCAAGAGCUCAUCUGGCUCACUGCAGCUUGAAAGUCCUCUGAAAGUGAGUAUAGACCUGUUGACAAGAGCGGUUGAGGCCCUUCUGCGACUCCACAUGAAUUCAGGUAGCAGCACUUCUGCAGCAAUUUCUCCAAAUGAUAAGACAACCAAGGAAGCACGGACUGCCACAGAACAUCUCCAGUUCACAAUAUUUGCUGCACAUGGAAUUUUUCCUGAUUGGAUAUCCAAUUUUGAAAAAUACUACUUGAUUUGUUCUUUGACCCACAAUGGAAAAGAUCUCUUCAAACCUAUUCAAUCCAAGAAGGUUGGCACAUACAAGAACUUCUUCUACUUGAUUAAAUGGGAUGAACUAAUAAUUUUCCCCAUCCAGAUUUCACAACUGCCUUUGGAAUCAGUCCUGUGUUUAACUUUGUUUGGAAUCCUAAAUCAAAGUAGUGGAAGUUCUCCUGAUUCAAAUAAGCAGAGAAAGGGCCCUGAAAUGUUGGGUCAGGUUUCUCUACCUCUUUUUGAUUUUAGGCGCUUGCUAACUUGUGGGACAAAGCUCUUGCAACUCUGGACCUCAUUACAUCCGAGUCAUACUUCAGGGAUGGCCAGUAAGAAAGAAAAUAUGGGAAGAAUAGUACUGCAGGUUGAUUUCCCAUCUCAUGCUUUUGAUAUUGAAUAUAAAAUUCCUCAAGCUGCAAAGACUACUGUGCAUCAUUCAAUAGAAACAUUAGAAAAACCACUGAGAGAACGUCUCCUUGCCAUUCUCUCUAAGGAUAACACUAUUGGGCUAUCAAAAGAAGAUAAAGAAUUUUUGUGGGAGAGGAGACGUUAUUGUCAUAGUCAUACUAAUAGCUUACCAAAAAUACUGGCUAGUGCCCCGCACUGGGACUGGGCAAGUCUUCCAGAAAUAUAUUCAUUACUUCAGCAGUGGCCUCCUUUAUCACCCUUAGCUGCACUGGAACUACUUGAUUCAAAGUUUGCUGAUCAGGAGGUGCGAAGUACAGCUGUGAACUGGAUAGAAACAUUAAGUGAUGAUGAAUUAACAGAUUUCCUCCCUCAAUUUGUGCAGGCAUUGAAGUAUGAAACCUACCUGGACAGUGCUCUUGUCAAAUUUCUUUUGGCUCGGGCAUUGGGAAAUAUUCGAAUAGCACACUACCUUUACUGGCUUCUUAAGGAUACAUUAUAUGAUCCAAAGUUUGGCGUAAGAUACGAGCACAUUCUUGGAGCCUUUCUUUCAGUUUGUGGAAAAGGGCUAAGAGAAGAGUUGGAGAAGCAGACCAGACUGGUGCAGCUUUUUGGAGUGGUAGCGGAAAAAGUAAAGCAAACAAGUGUAUCAGGUCGACAGACUGCCUUACAAAGUGGUAUGGGACGUGUGCAGUCAUUUUUCUUGAAGAACAAAUGCCGUUUGCCCCUCAAUCCCAGUCUUGUGGCAAAAGAACUAAACAUUAAGGCAUGUUCCUUCUUCAGCUCCAAUGCAGUACCUCUGAAAAUUGCACUGAUAAAUGCAGACCCUCUGGGAGAAGAAAUUAAUGUGAUGUUUAAGGUUGGAGAAGAUCUGCGACAAGAUAUGCUGGCUUUACAGAUGAUUAAGAUCAUGGAUAAGAUUUGGCUGCAGGAGGGACUGGAUCUACGGAUGGUUAUCUUCAAGUGUCUCUCAACUGGAAAAGAUCGAGGUAUGGUAGAACUUGUUCCUGCUUCGGAAACACUUAGGAAAAUUCAAGUGGAAUAUGGAGUGACAGGUUCUUUUAAAGACAAGCCUCUGGCAGAAUGGUUGCGAAAGUACAAUCCUACAGAGGAGGAAUAUGAAAAGGCUUCAGAAAACUUCAUUUAUUCUUGUGCAGGAUGCUGUGUCGCUACUUAUGUACUGGGAAUUUGUGACCGCCACAAUGAUAACAUAAUGCUUCGAAACACAGGGCAUAUGUUUCACAUUGACUUUGGAAAGUUUUUGGGUCACGCGCAAAUGUUUGGUAGCUUUAAAAGGGAUCGGGCUCCUUUUGUGCUAACAUCAGAUAUGGCUUAUGUCAUUAAUGGCGGUGAAAAACCCACUAUUCGCUUCCAGUUGUUUGUGGAUCUCUGUUGUCAAGCUUAUAAUUUGAUAAGGAAACAUGCAAACCUCUUCCUUAACCUACUUUCCCUGAUGCUUUCUUCUGGGUUACCAGAACUAAGUGGGGUGCAGGACUUGAAGUAUGUCCAGGAUGCUCUCCAGCCUCAAACAACAGAUGCAGAAGCUACCAUUUUCUUUACAAGGUUGAUUGAAUCCAGUCUGGGAAGUGUUGCCACAAAGUUUAAUUUCUUUAUUCAUAAUUUGGCUCAGCUGCGUUUCUCAGGACUACCUUCUAAUGAUGAACCCAUCCUCUCGUUUUCUGCUAAAACGUAUUCUCUUAAACAAGACGGCCGUAUCAAACAAGUGUCUGUAUUUACAUAUCAGAAGAGAUAUAAUCCAGAUAAGCAUUAUAUAUAUGUGGUGAGAGUUUUGAGAGAAGGACAAGCUGAGCCAACUUUUGUUUUCCGAACAUUUGAUGAGUUCCAGGAGCUCCACAACAAACUUGGCAUUAUUUUUCCACUUUGGAAGUUACCAGGCUUUCCUAAUAAGAUGGUUCUGGGAAGAACACACAUAAAAGAUGUAGCUGCUAAAAGAAAAGUGGAGCUCAACAGCUACAUACAGAGUCUGAUGAACAGUUCUCCAGAGGUGGCAGAAUGUGAUCUUGUCUAUACAUUUUUCCAUCCGUUGCUUCGUGAUGACAAAGUGGAAGGAAUAGAUGGAAUAGCCAGAUCUACAGAUGCAAGUCCAUCAAGUCCUACCUCAGGAAAAGUGGGUGGAGAAGUAAAGCUCUCCAUUUCAUAUAGAAAUAGCACUCUGUUUAUCAUGGUGAUGCACAUCAAGGAUCUGGUUACAGAAGAUGGUGCAGAUCCAAAUCCCUAUGUAAAAACAUACUUACUGCCAGACACGCACAAAACAUCCAAACGCAAAACCAAAAUCUCCCGGAAGACCAGAAAUCCAACUUUCAAUGAAAUGCUUGUGUACAGUGGAUAUAGCGUGGAAACUCUGAAACAGAGAGAACUUCAGUUGAGUGUGCUCAGUGCGGAAUCAUUACGUGAGAACUUCUUCCUGGGUGGAAUUACACUCUCUCUGAAGGACUUCAACUUGAACAAGGAGACUGUUAAUUGGUAUCGACUAACUGCUGUACCCUAUCUAUGAACUCAAUUUCUACACCCGAGUAAGAAUGGAACAGUUGUAUUCACUUGUGCUUUGUGCAUAUUCCGACUUGAAAAUAACUUGUGCAUCUUAAAAAUAAGAGACUGCAUUUCAACGGAUAAAUUGGACCAACCUUCAUGUAGCCUAAUUUGGAGGAUUUCUAGAAAAUCAUUGCUGGAUUAUUCUCAUGCAAUGUUAUCAAAGCAUGCAUUAUCAUGAAACUUUCUUAAGAGCUGCAGGUAAAGGAAGGAGAUUUUAAACCAUCCAUGACAAUAAGAUGAACAGUUUGACUACGCCGGUUGCAUAAAACAUAACUUAAUCAUUAGGCCUGUGGAUAUAACACAUUUUUGCUUUUUUUUUUUUUGUUAUCUGUUUUAUGUCAUCCAUGGCGUGAUGCUGGAGGAUAUUAAAGAAACUACAUAUUUUUAGGACUACGCUCACACUAGAAUCUAGACAUCAUAGAGGCUGUGACGGGUAAAAAAAAAAAAAAAGUGGUGGUUUCACACACGCCUGUAGAAAUGAAGGUUGAAGGGCUGGAAAAAAUCCUUAGCAUUGCAUUUACUCCCAGAUGCGUGCUUCUCUACGAUUUAUUGGAGUGAGUGCCAAUAAUGGAAUUUGUAAAUAAUGGUGCCUUAUAAUUCAAAUGCUUCUCUUUACCUCACUUCUGAUAUUUAAAUAUGUAUACGUGUUAACUUUCUGCUCCUUAAAGAAGGAAAACGUUCUCAUAUUUGAUAACUUGCAGGUCCUACUGGGAGGCUUUUUCUGAGAUGUGUUCAUUCCAAAUGACAUUGCUUAUACCAAUCUUCAUAAUUAGUGCAACUUAUGAUAAAUAUUUGUAACCCCUCUCCUAUCCACGAUCUCCAAAAACUGAAUUAAGAUUGGCUGAAUGUGAUGCCAUAGGAAAUGCAUCCAGCUUUUCAGUGUUUUGAAACACUGACAAACUUCAAGAACAACAACAGCGCAGUGAUUAAAUAUAGAACAGGUUCAGACAGUAAAUCGACGUGGCAUUUACCCCUAAUUUACUUAUCUGUACCUCCAGGAUAAUGAUGGUCACUAGGCAAAAAGCACAACUGCUGGAUAAAUUACUGACCAGCUGCAUUAACAGAACUUUCUGAGAGAGAAAUUUCAUUGCACUUUUCUUUCUUUUUUAGUUGACAGCAACACUAAUUCUAAUUCCACUUUUAAAACAAAACAAAACAAACUUAAUUCCAAGCAGCAUUGGAUUUAAAAUAUAUUGCGAUAGCAAGGUACAAAUAUUGUCUCCUGUUAAUACCAUGGGUUACUUAAAUAGGUCAUUUCUGCACUACAGGUAUAGUAUCCUUCUUCACCUUACUCAGUGUAGAGUGGUCAUAUUUUGUCUAGACAAAGCAAUAGAGUGACGUUGCACACUUCCGUAGUAAACAUUGUCGCAUAUUUUGAGAAAGGGUGAGAGUUUAUCAGCACUGGUUAUGAUGAGAAUGAAUUUUAGAAGUAAAAUAUGCACCGAUAAAUGAAGACACAAUAUGGGAAAGUCUUCUGUCUGCCCAACACUAAAAAUCGUUUUCAGAAUCUGGUUUUCCUUCCCCUGCUACUGACCAAUCUCCCUUCAAUACAGAAGCGAGAAGUAGACUUGAAUCUUCUGGUGCCUCAAAUAUUCAUGGUCCAAUCUCUUAGGAGCUAUUACAAUUAAAAAGCUAAGAAUAUCGUGAAUGUUAGAAACUGGGUUGAUGCUAAUGGGCACUAACGAGUCCCAAAUCCCAGUUUUAAUAAGUACCUUCUGCCUAUUUUUCAUUUACUAUAUAGCCUGUAAAUAAUAUUCCGUAUAACUAACUAGAUAUUUCCUGCUCACUUGAUGCUUUUGAGACUUACUCCAUUCCAUCAUUAGAAUCACAAGUCACUUAAACACAGGAAAGUAGUCUACUGUUUUUGUGAAACGUUCCAUUGUGAAAUAAAAGGAAAGCAAUAUGUACUGCCUUUUUUGCAGUUUGCUAUUAAAGCACAGUGUCUUACAGCACAAAAUACAAAUAAACCAGAAUCAUUUAAAAUGAUUUUUUUCAGUUUUAA